AUGCCUUCUGACACUUCCAAGUCUGCGUCCCGCGGAGCCAGUUUCCGACUCAAGUCGCUGCUCAAAAACAGAAAGAGCCAGUCGUCUGUGUCUAGCUCCGCCUCCACCCCCAGCAGGGCGUCCAAACAGGUCCCCCGUAUAGAUACCACCUCCACCAGCUCGUCCAUUGCUCUGCCUUCAAUUUCCCCCGUCGUGCCCAACGACUCCAUUUCUCGCAUCAAGUCCAAGAUCCGCGAACACACUCGCCACGACAGCGACGACGACGAGUUCGACGGCGUGGAUAUUGCCUCCUCCAGAAGCUUGCUGCCUCCUCCCACCCAGCCAAAACAGCCGCAGGACCCGGCAGACUCGGUCGAGUCCACCCACUCGUCCCACAGAGACAGGAACGGAGGGGGGUUGCUCACCAGCAUCAUGAACUCGUUCAAUUUGCGCUCCCAAACGAGUUUGCCUGACCCACCUCCUGUAGAGGAACCCCAGCCGCAGUCGCCCGAGCACACCCAGUCCCCCGCCGAGAACAUCGAGUUCAAGCCCGUCAAGACCUCCAUUCUCACCACGCUCGGCCAGGGCGCCCUGUCGUUGGACCAAUUCCCCAAACCAGACGACCUCAUAGAAUUCCACGACACCCCGUUUUCCGGACUAAAUAGCGGGAGCACCAGGCGCACCGCCUCCAACACCAUCGUGGACCCGGCCACGUCCGUGUCGCAGAUCUCGUCCCCCAACACAAACACCCCCACCGAGGAGCCCCGUCUCGAGCGCAUUUUGUCCGGCAUCUCCAAAAGAGCUCUCUCGCCCAACCCGGUGUCCAAGUCGUCCAGCGCCACAGCACUCUACCCGCCGUCCAACAACACCAGUUUUGUGGACGACGAGGGCUCCACAUACGCCAAACGGCCCCGGCUCCGCGACAAGCGCAACAGCACCACCCAAGAUACUUUGCAACUGAGUAGACACACAACUACAGUGACAGAUAUCGACCAGGAACUCAAUGCCAGACGCGAGAAGCUGGCCGAGCAGCUCGGAAUCAAGCUACCCAGUCAGAAACGUCAGGACUCGUUCCACCAGAUGUUCCCCGAGAUCCCUUCCAACGAGCUAUUUAUUGAAGAUUACACCUGUGCGUACAGAAAAGACGUUCUUAUUCACGGAAGAAUGUACGUCAGCGAGAAUCAUAUCAGUUUCCACUCGAAUCUGAUCGGAUUGAUCACCCACAUCACCGUGACGUUGAAUAAAGUGCUGAUGAUCAAGAAGAAAAAAACCGUGGGGAUCCCAAACGCUUUAGAAUUCACCACCUUGCACGACAAGUACACGUUUGCAUCGUUCAUCUCAAGAGACUCUACCUACGAGCUUCUGGUGAAGAUCUGGUCGUCGAUUUUGUCCGGGUCGAACCUUAACACGGUGGACCUAGACGUUGACUCCGAGGCCGAUACUGACGACCCCGAGUCUGAGGAGUCGGAUGACGGCGACGAUUCCAAGCUAAAGAACGGUGCAGCCCCAAAUAAGAGUCUCCGUCUGGAGAAAGAGAUGUCCAACGACUCUGACUCUGACACUGACGUCUCAGACAAGGAGAACAUGAUCAAGGACGACGACGAGGUGGAGACUCGCAACCGGAGCGAGAGCCACACGUUCAGAGGCAUCCCGUUCGACGGCCCGCUCGAACACGACCCCUCGAGCAACCCGUACGUGUCCGAGCCGGGCGACGUCGAGAUCAUCAACGAGGUGAUUGCUGCUCCUGUUGGUGCGGUUUUUUACUUGCUCUUUGGCAGCGAUACGCAGUUUCUUAAGUCCGUGCUCAAGACGCAGAAAAAUACAGACAUCUCGGAGAUCGGUGCGUUCGACGAGACAACGAAGAAACGGUCGUAUUCCUACACCAAGCCUCUGAAUGGGCCUGUUGGCCCCAAACAGACCAAAUGUAACGUUGUUGAGGAGAUCGAGAAAAACGAUUUCCAGUCCAGUUGUCUAGUGACCCAGAUAACGGACACCCCAGACGUUCCAUCGGGCAACUCGUUCAAAGUGAAGACGCGGAUCUACCUGAGCUGGGCCGCCCGCAACAGCACCAAGAUGUACAUUGUCACGUCUGUGAUCUGGACAGCCAAGUCCUGGAUCAAGGGAGCUGUCGAGAAGGGCACGAUUUCCGGCCAGAAAGAGUCUCUGGGAAUUCUGGUCAAAGAGGUCAAGGCCCGCGUGGAGUCUGGCCGGCCAGUGACGGUUUCCAUGAAAAAAAGCAAGUCUGCUACCAAAAAGAAGCGCAGACAGGUGGAGGAGCGCGAAGAGAUCCCAGUCACUGCGCAGCCAGCGCCGCCGCCUUCUUUGCAAUCAACACUUCUCGGCUACGUUUCGCAGGUCGACGUCAAAACAGGACUAUUAUUAUUGCUGGUUUUCAUCAUGAUCUGGGACAAGCUCACCAGACCGGCUGUCAGCUACACCCGGGGCGUUUCUGACGAGACUCUGAUGGCCAGCGAGGCGCAUCUGUGGGACUGGAUCGACCAGCGCCACCAGGGCAACUCAAACACGGCGUCUGCCGCGCUCAGCUCGCAGCAACUCAACGAGGUGAUCCGCGUGAUGGAAAAACGUCUGGACGGCCUUAAAAACGCUGCCAGAUAA